UGAAAUUGUCAACUCAAAUGAGAACCAUAUUUUUAUCACCCAAUCCAUAAAAUCCCAAAUUAUAAUACCCAUGUUUAUGGCAUUACUGGCCGCAAUUUAUAAGCAUAUUCCGAAAAUUCCUAUCUAAAUUAGGGUUAGGGUUUUGAAUCUGCGUCUCCCGUGUCCCAUAUAUAUAUAUACGCUUUCUAAAUCCUACCGUCUUAUUCUACUCAUAAUAUACCAUCAUAGAACUUUUCUUCUCUGCCUCCUUCAUUGAUUUUCACAGCAGAUUAUUAUUCAAAAAUGGAGCAGACUUUUAUCAUGAUCAAGCCUGAUGGUGUCCAAAGAGGACUGAUUGGUGAAAUUAUCAGCAGAUUUGAGAAGAAGGGAUUUUCAUUGAAAGCUUUGAAACUUGUCAAUGUGGAACGCGCUUUUGCCGAGAAGCACUAUGCUGACUUGUCGGCCAAACCCUUCUUCAAUGGUUUGGUUGAGUACAUUGUUUCCGGACCUGUGGUUGCUAUGGUCUGGGAAGGUAAGGGCGUUGUCGCCACUGGCAGGAAGAUUAUUGGAGCCACCAACCCUCUUGCUUCUGAGCCUGGAACUAUCCGUGGAGAUUUUGCCAUUGACAUCGGCAGAAAUGUCAUCCAUGGAAGUGACUCUGUUGAGAGCGCAACAAAGGAGAUUGCUCUAUGGUUCCCUGAGGGUGUCGUCUGCUGGCAGAGCAGCCUUCACUCAUGGAUUUACGAGUAGACGUUUUACCUACAUGGAAAUAUAUUGCCUGCCAAUCCUUAGGGAUUCAAUCUAGCGUAGUGCUGGCAACUAUAUUGCAAGAACAUGUUUGGCUGAGUAGACCUUAUGUUUGUGUGCUUUUAUCUCGAUAGACUUCUAUUUUUUUUUUGUUUAUGUGCGUCAUAAAAACUGUUUAGCAUUAUCGCCUUGGGUGCGUUGAGUGAAAUUUGUGUUCUUAUUCGAUAUUGAAAUAUUUCCUGAUUUCUACUUAGCAUUA